AUGAAGCCUUUUGAUGGAGAUUACAGUAACGAGAGUGAUGCUGUAACGGAGAACCUUGGAGCCGUCCUGCCCAACGGUGCCUGUUCGGGGUCUGUUUGGAUGUGGAUACACACAGAACAUAACAGAGUAGAGUUUAAUUCCUCUUCAACCAUUUCUCGUUGCGUUAACCCAAUUCCUCUUCUCGCUCGCUCUACAAUUUUUCCGCUUCCCACUUCCUAUAUCCACUCUCAAACCCCAAAACCCCACUCCAAUCCCUACAAUUUCGACCAAGAAACUGUCCACAACACUCUCUCCUCGUACGCCAAUGACUGGAACCGCGCAUUCGAGUUCUUCAACUGGGUCGAAACAGACCACCAAUUUAAUCACACCACAGAAACCUACAAUCGCAUGAUUGAUAUCUUGGGUAAGUUCUUUGAAUUCGAUCAGUCUUGGAACUUAAUUCACCGCAUGAAACAAAACCCCAUUUCACUUCCUAAUCAUGCCACAUUUCGUAUCAUGUUUAAGCGUUAUGUAAAUGCACAUCUUGUUAAUGAAGCAGUGGAUACGUUUAAUCGGUUGGGUGAGUUUAAUUUGAGAGAUGAAACUUCGUAUUGUAACCUUGUUGACUCACUUUGUGAGUAUAAGCAUGUGAUUGAGGCUCAAGAUUUGUGUUUUGGGGAAAACAAGAUUGUGGGGUUUAAUAAUAAUAAUACAAAGAUUUAUAAUAUGAUUCUUAGAGGGUGGUUUAAGAUGGGGUGGUGGGCUAAGUGUAGGGAGUUUUGGGGGGAAAUGGAUAAGAGAGGUGUUGUUAAAGAUCUGCAUUCGUAUUCAAUAUAUAUGGAUAUUGUGUGCAAGAGUGGGAAGCCGUGGAAGGCAGUGAAAUUGUUUAAGGAGGUGAAGAAGAAGGGGAUUGAGAUGGAUGUGGUGGCGUAUAAUACAGUUAUUCGUGCCAUUGGGCUAUCGGAGGGUGUUGAUUUCGCAAUGAGGGUGUAUCGUGAGAUGAGGGAGGUUGGUUGUCAACCUAGUAUUGUGACUUACAAUAUUAUUAUAAAGCUUUUGUGUGAGAAUGGGAGGAUGGAGGAAGCAUAUGAGUUUCUUGGCCAAAUGCCUAGGAAGGGUUGUGCGCCGGAUGGGUUUACUUACCAUUGCUUUUUUCGGUGUCUUGAGAAGCCAAGGGAGAUUCUUAGAUUGUUUGAUAGAAUGAUUGAGAGUGGGAUUCGGCCAAAGAUGGAUACUUAUGUGAUGCUUUUGAGAAAGUUUGAGAGGUGGGGUUUUCUGCGUCCGAUUUUUGUGGUGUGGAAGAAGAUGGAAGAGCUUGGGUGUAGCCCAGAUGAAUUUGCUUACAAUGCUUUGAUUGAUGCUCUAAUUCAAAAAGGUAUGUUAGAUAUGGCUAAGAAGUAUGAUGACGAGAUGUUAGCUAAAGGUCUUUCACCAAGGCCAAGAGCAGAGUUGGGAACGAAGCUGGUGAAAGGAGAGGAUUAGAUGGUGGAUAGGUAUGUAAGAAUAAUGUUCAUUCAGAAGAUGAUUCUGGUUUCUCCCAGAUCCUAUUAAUGGAUAAGUUGACGCUACAUUGUGAUGAUAUUAGUGCACGGAGGAGUGAA